UUCUUUUUUUCUUUCUUCCAAGUGCCACAGUCCUUCCUCCCACUCAGGAAGGGAGCCCAGAAAUCCCCAUCUCAUAGCUGAGGUCUGGAGAGAGCCAGGGGUCUGGCCAGGUUCACAGUGCUGAAGGGCUGGGCAGGCUGGUGCUGGUCAGUGUCCCUUGGACACCAUCCUUGCUUGUUGGGCUGGAGCAGGCCACUCCCUGGAAGGUGAUCAUAAACAGCACAAUCACACCGAAUAUGACCUUCACCAAAACGUCACAGAAGUUUGGGCAGUGGGCCGACAGCAGAGCCAACACAGUCUUUGGUCUGGGCUUUUCCUCUGAGCAGCAGCUAACAAAGUUUGCAGAGAAAUUUCAGGAGGUAAAAGAAGCUGCCAAACUCGCCAGAGAAAAGUCCCAGGAGAAAAUCGAGACUUCAAGUAAUCAUUCCCAAGAAUCUGGGUGUGAAACCCCAUCUCCUACUCAGGCAUCCAGUGUCAAUGGGACGGACGAUGAAAAGGCCUCUCAUGCAGGUCCAGCCGACACACACCUCAAGUCCGAGAACGACAAGCUGAAGAUUGCUCUGACGCAGAGUGCUGCCAACGUGAAGAAAUGGGAGAUCGAGCUGCAGACCCUGCGGGAGAGCAAUGCCAGGCUGACCACGGCACUGCAAGAGUCAGCAGCCAGUGUGGAACAGUGGAAGAAGCAGUUCUCCAUCUGCCGGGAUGAGAAUGACCGGCUCCGCCACAAGAUUGAUGAGCUAGAAGAACAGUGCAGUGAGAUAAACAGGGAGAAGGAGAAGAAUUCACAGCUGAAGAGGAGAAUUGAAGAACUAGAGUCAGAACUCCGAGAGAAGGAGACGGAAUUGAAAGAUCUCCGAAAACAAAGUGAAAUCAUACCUCAGCUCAUGUCAGAGUGUGAAUUUGUCUCUGAGAAGUUAGAGGCAGCUGAGAGAGACAAUCAGAACCUGGAAGACAAAGUGCGGUCUCUAAAGACAGACGUUGAGGAGAGUAAAUACCGACAGCGCCACCUGAAGGUGGAGCUGAAGAGCUUCCUAGAAGUGCUAGAUGGAAAGAUCGAUGACCUCCAUGACUUCCGCCGAGGCCUGUCCAAGCUGGGCACGGACAACUAGGGUGGCAGAGCCCGGGCUGCUGUGAGUCCCACGUGUGUGCGAGUCGCAGUAGGACGAGGACACGCCCCUCUUUGCGUUGCUUCUGUAAAUGCCAAUGCGGUGUGUUGUGUUUCCAGACCAGGUGUGCCGUCCACUCAUUCCUCUUCGGAUAGAAAUCUCCUCUAGCUUCUCUGGCCUUUGAGGUGGUGGACAACUGGAAGAUUCUGACUCAGGAAUCCAGAACUAGGUCUACCUUAAAGUUUACGCAGUCAGCGCAGGGAUGUUUAUAUCUUUCUAAAGGGCUGUUGCAACCCUACCGAAAAACAAAUCUUUUCUAACUCAAAUAUCCUUUAUGACAGGCUGUUUUGAUCCUUUUAUUGAAUAGCACUCAGAGUAUGUAAUAGUCCAUCAGGUUCUGGUCUGUGGGGGCGUGGAGGGUACAGCUUCUCUCUCAGUCGGCAUUGAGAUGCUUUAAAGCAAGCAAGUAGUGGAAACCUGUCCGGAGAAAGAAAGCACGUUUUUGGCGGGUGUGCCUUCUGGCAUGGGAGAUGCUUGCAUCCACCACAUUAUACUCUCCCGUUAUGUUCGGUUUUGACAAUUCUCCUUUCCUUGGUUUGAACUUCUGAGCAGAUGCUCAUGCUGUGGGAACAACAUGCAGUGAGGUUGCCUAGCUCAGUGCCUGGCACAAAGUAGGUGCUCAAUAAAUAUUUGUUCAGUUGAACAUCUAAACAGAACUUAGUGUUUUAAUCCAACCCCAUAGCAGAGUUCAAGCCCUGUUGAAUGAUAUGCUCUUUGUCACGCUGGGUAGUUACCAGAAAGAAAGGCACCUACCUGGCCAAACCUGAGGGUGGCUCAGGUGUAGCAGACAAGUCAGAGUCUGAUCUGCGGCCCCACAAGAUCCUGACCAUGACACUCUGACCCCCCCGGGGGGGGUCUCUGUCCCUGGGGAUCUCUGUCUCUGGGACCACCUUCAUUUCUGGACAUGGUGGCUUGGAGCCUGAGGAUUCCAGAACACUGUGUCUGUGGCACAGGAUUGCCCAGGGCAUGGGGACUAGGGUAUGAUCUUGUGCAGGGUUUGGAGACCUGAGAAAGAAAUUAUACAGGCUGAUGAGUGUGAGGAGUUCUACUUAUCUAGGGAGCUUCAGCCUCAACAACAGAGAAGCUCUGCCUGGGUCUGCCUCUUGCCUUCCUCAGCAGGAAGUGAUUAGAACCAUAAACCUCUCCUCUCAUACAGAGCUGCUCAUGGGCCAGUGGGCCUUUGCGUGGCAUGGCCUCCAUUGGGAGACAUCACCCAUCACAGAUGGAGGUUUGAGUCUCUGGCCUCACACAUUUCUUAAUGCCCUGAGUACAGACUUUGCUGCCCUCUUACCUCUCUAAGUACCACCGAAGGGAACUUUUCCCUUGAGAAACAGUUUCUCUUGGGAUUAGAAAUCCUUCCUGCUGAAACUAGACCAAUGAGAAAACAGCCUGAGGAGGAGGUUGUCCAUACCCUCAUGUCUGAGUCUUCAGCUCUCCUUCCCCAGCCGAGAUGUCUCUGAGCAGGAAAGUCUUGCUUGGGAUAGGAAAGGAGGGCAGGCUGGUAAAUUGGAGCACAAGGAUACUUUAGGGAAGACCCUGCAGACUUCAUGGGGCCUUGAGUACACAGGGCGCUUAGACGGGAAAUGGGAAGUGUGGUCCACCCUGCUGUUAUUCAGACCAGGGGGCUGCCUGGCCUGCCCUUUCCCCUGAGCUCCAGGUGGCUGUCAGGAGGGUAGGUCCCAGCUCCCUACUGGCAGUUCCAGGAGACCUGAGAGCUGGACGGGCCCCAAGUUGGUCCUGUGGCCCAGCAGCAGAGUAAAGGAGAUUCCUCUCAGGCCACUUUGGCCCAAGCCUGUCACUGCCCUGGAGCGGUGAACACUGGGAUCCAAACACCCUCAGCUUGGGCCUUCAGAUGACCCCAGCUCUGUCUACAGCAGACUUAUUAAUCUAAAGAAACCCUCUUGGCUGACUGUGCUCAGGUGACACACUCACAGGUGGAUAGUUGCCAAAAUGGCAGUGACUCUAGAAAAUGCUGACAUAGAAGUGUAGAGUGUUGCAAGUCAUUACCACAGUGUACUUCUGUGGGCCUGAGACCCAGGAUCCUGUUCACCACUGAGAAGUGUACUAAGCAGCUUAUAGCCAGUGGUGAGGGGCUUAGAUUUCUCAUACUAUUGGGGCUGUCCAGCCUUGGACUCUUGCAGCCCACGAGCUGAGGCGGAGUCCUUUAAAGGGAGGAUUGGAUCCCUCACUGAAAGCACAAAGCUUGACAGAAGUAUUGACCUUUUCAGUCCUCCUGCUUUCAUUUAAAGACCAUAAUGUUUCUUCAUUUAGCUUUUAAACUAAGAAUGGCCCAGGAACGACCAGAACAAUCAGCCACAGGACUGGUCUGGCUGAGAGCCUCUGGUACCUUGGAGGGAAAUUGCAGUGACAGUGCCAUCGCGUCUGUCCUAGGUUUCUAGUAACACGGUCUUGUGGGUCCUGAUGACCAGUGCAGUCUCGGCACUGUUGUGUGGCCUUGUGCCAUGUGCAGGCCGGGUAUCACCUUUUCCCUCAUAGCCAUAGCAGCCACAUUGGGCUUCCCAGAAGAUGUUAAGCCAGGGGCAAAUUGUCAGCUUCCAGAUGAGGCCUCCUCGAUUUUACCAUCACCAAGAUUGGCUGUAUGUACCUGGAUUGGCUUUUGUUCUCCAUCUGUGAAGCCUGGGGCCUAAAAGAAGCCAAGUAAAACUCAGAACCGUGAACCAUGGUGGUCUUUAAAGAUAACUUCAUUCCAAGAUGAGGCUCAGCUGGAUGCAUUUCUCCUUCCCAGGUGGAAAGGAGAGAGGAUGUCUUCCAGGUACCCUGGGAAUGUAAAACCGCUAGGGUGACAGGUUGGGAGAGUGUGCUCAGGCCUUGGGUGAAAGAACCCAGCGUCCACACCGGCCAUCUGACUGGCAUACUCCAUCAGCCCUGCACAGUAUCAUUUUAGACCUUGAUAGAGAGGGAGAGAAAACUUGGCAGAAAUCGUUACCUGCAUUCUGCAGUUAGGAAGCAGAGACAGAGAAAGUGACAUGCCCAAGAACCUGGCGUGACCAGCAUUGUGGGCUCUGCAUCCUGUCUCCUGGACAUCGGCCUGGCAGUGUUCUAUGAGCCAUAUCUCUGUUCUCUCUUCAGCCAUAUCCCUGUUCUCUCUUCUUGAAUCCUAAUAAGAGCACAUUGCAAUUAUGUUAUUUCGAUGUGGAUCCACAGCAAAGGACCACUUACCCAGGGGCGAAUCAGAAUUAUGUUUAUGUUCCUUACAAUAAGUCUCAUUUAGAGUGAUUCUUGUUUUUUAGGGACCUGUUCCAGAAACUCUUGGUGACAGUGAUGUCCAGGCUUGAGAGGCCAGUUCGGUGGCACUCGGGCUCACUUUGAGUUCUUUGUUGAUAGCUUUAAUGGAAACAGUAAUCAUGAGAAUAGGUGGUCAGCCCUGAGACUACAGAGACAUAAACAGUGGACCUCCAGAGACCUCUGCAGGGGAAGGAGGCGGUACUAGAUGGGGAGUGGGCUUGCGGGGUCUUAGAGCAGGUCGUAUGCACCCAGAAAGACUGUCCUCAGGGGCAGUCUCUGGCUGGCAGUUUCCUCGAGCACAGCCAUCGCAAAAGGUGCCUGGCUGGCGUAUUCUGUGUUUGUUACUAUACAUCAGUUAAAGGGUGUUGGCUGAAACAGUACUCUGCCCUGAAGCAUCCCUAACUGCCCAUUUGAAAGGGGUUCAUGCUUCUAUAGACAAGUCUGUCGAAACUAGGGAGACGCGGAUGAGAGCCAACCACAGAGCCACCUCGUCCUUGGAAACAGGGCAGCCGUGGUGUGACUUAGUGUAAGCGCUCAAAAGAGACUGCCCUCUGCUAAUAACUGAAAGUGGGUUGAUGCACCAUUCACCCUUCUAGAAGGUACACUUUACUUACUCACUUGAAAUAUCACUGGAUUUGGAAACACUUGAAAUAGAAACUAGAAGCUUGAAAAAUUAAUGUCCAUAUAUUGUUUUUAAUGACAUGCAUGGUUUAAAUGAACCCUAAUUUCUGAGUACAUGGCUUCCCCAAAGAAACACUAUAUAUUCUGGAGAUGGUGGGUGAUGGCAUGAAGAGGGAAUCCUGUGUAGAAAUUUAUGUGUUUUUUUUAAAUGUCUUUUAACGUACCUAUCUCAAGAAUAGAGUUCUUCUUUAAAUAUGGCCUAGCAAGAUGACUGUGCUACGAAUUCUCAUCUGUCUGAAAUGUUCUGGUGAACUUAGAACUCUGUGGAUGUGUGUGCAUAUGUUUGUGUGGGUGUGGGUGUGUGGGGUGUGUGCUGAGGGAGGAAGGUGCAAAUGGCAGCAACAGAAGCAAUAAGGAAGUUUUCAAUGUAAAAAUAUAUACCCGAGAGGAGUCUUUAAUUUGAAUUAUUUGGGGGUUGAUGUUCUAUGUUCUGGAAUCCAUUCAUGAGAAGUGUGUGGGUCUUCGUUAUGAGUGGAAUUGUACAGUGCCCUACUAUCUUUGACAGUGCAGAGCUGGCUGUGGGGUGUUCUCUGGCACCCCGGCACGAGCACAGACAAACCACAGUGAAAUCCAAACUUUGUACAUGUGGCCAGGUGAUUGGCAGGACGGAUGCUCUGCAGCGGUGGAGAAUGUAUUAUGUUCCUGUCUUUUCCCUCUUGUACUACUUUGAAAAGAAAGUCCUUUCAAUCAGUUGUUACAGCAGUGUCUUAUUAGAUAUGACAGGAAAGAAAGCAUUUCUUAUAUCAAAUGUGAGAGUUUAAUGAUGAGUACAGGGUUGAUAAGUGGACUCUCCCAAGAAUACCAUUGUUUUCCUUUAAAUGCUUUUUUGGUAUAUGAAUAAGAUAUACAUUUUUUAAGAAACUAAAGAUAAGUGAAAAGAAAAAAAUCACCUAUUAAUACCCCAUCUGAUUAUAACCACUGUUAACAUUUGGUGUCUGUUGAGACUGUUUCCUCUGCAUCUAUAUGUGCUUUAUUACUUUUUCCAUGAAGUAUAAUCAGAUUUACAUACUGUUCUAUAACUUGUUCUCCCCCUUAUAUUGUGAAUGUAUUUCUAUAUCAAUAUGUAAUUGUAGCCUUUUAAUAUCUGUGUAGGUCAUAUCUUGUAUACGUAGGCUAUUUUCGCCUUUUUACUGUUGUAGUCAAAGACAUGAUGAAACUCUUCUGACAUCUUUGUAAACUUUUCAGAAUAUUUACUUAGGGUAAUUUUCUAAGAGGGAACUUGCUGAGCUUCUCACUAUCGAUGGCCCCAUUCCUUCCUAGGCACAUGGGAGCCUCUACCCUCUGAUGUCCCUGGAGUCAUUUGGGUUCUUGUGACUAAUCCAGCCAGUGAAAGGUGGGCAGAGACUAAAAUAUCCACGCUCAGCGCCCCGGUGUCUGUACCCUUCCCUCAGCAGUGUGACAUCCUGGGUGGAACCUCCAUCAGCCUGGCCUCCCAGUGAGGGUCUACAGAAUAGACGCUCCCUUCACUUCUGACCCACUACUAGCCUGCAUGGACCUGUAGUGAUGAUAGAGAAGAUAAACCUUAAUGUGACACCACUGGGACUUCAGGGUUAAUUUGUUAUCGCAGCGUAACACCCUUUUCUGACUAAUGAUUAAAAAAGGUAGGCAUGUUUUUAGGAAUUUUAUCAUAUGGGAUAUGAUCAAACAAUACUAAUAUUGUACAUGUUUAUUGUAAAAGACACAUUACCAUUAAACCCCCUCAAAAUAUCCCCCUUUACUUUAAAUAUACUUACCCGGUCAUUCUUGCUGCUUUCUGAAGCAGUUCUGACGUCCUCUUUCGUGAGGGUCUUUAGUUGCAGUCAUGGCUGCCUCAACGUCCUCAACUGACUCAAAAUAUUUACCUUUCAUGCUCAUUUUGACUUUAGGGAAGAGACACAGUCUCAUAGUACCAGAUCCAACGAAUAAGGUGAAUGAAGACACACUCUAAUGUUUUUUACAAACCUACCUCUCCAUUGGAUAGCGCUCAGCAGUAGCAUUCACCAUAUUUUUUGUCACACCUAGUACAGGCACUCAUGAAAGAGGGCAGGACUUCCAGAACUGCAUCAGAAAGGGGCAAGAACGAUGAGGCAAGUGUUGGAAGUGAGGGAAUGUGUUUUAAGGAGGCUUUUUAUUUUGAACUUUUAUUAGUACAUAUUUUGCAGUUCAUGCAGUUUGAGGAGGCUUAGGCAAUGUGCCUUUUUCUGUAAUAAUGUUUUACUUGAACAUUCAUGGUGUACUGUGAUAAUCCCUCGUGUCACCUCACAUUGCCUUUCAGAAAGAUGAUUCCCAAAUAUAUGCCCACCCCCAGCAGUGUGUGAGAAUGUCCAACUCCUACUUUAACACUGUUACUAGGAACUAGAGACAUUCAAAAAAUUAAAUUUUUUAUUAAAAUAGUGACCAUCAUGAGAAAAUGUAUUCAUUGAAUUAUAUGUUUUUGUAAUUUACCUAUAUUCAUCUAGUCUGGCCAGUUUUCUUAGGAGUCUAGUGUCUUCAUUGAUUUCCAAGAGGUUUUUAAAAAUAAAUAUUGUAAAAUUUUUAAGUUGUAUUAUAGCUUUUUAAAAAUACUCAAACAUCAGUCAAAUCUUUUUUUUUUUCUUUCAGUUAUUACCUUUGCCGUCAUUCUUAUGGUCUUUUCAUUUUUAAUUCCAGGAUUGUAAAUAUCCAUCAAUAUUUUAUUCUUGUACAUUUAGUUUUCUUCUUAAACAGUUAAAUCUGAUAAAUUGGAAUUUAUUUUCUAAAUUGCCCAACACUAUUGAUCAGGAUUUCUGUCCUUUCCCUACCAUAUGAAUCCUAUUUUUACUGUAUACCUUCAGUCCUUGGGCACCUUGGAUAUGUGUGUGCUCUCCAGGUGCCUCUGAGCUUCACCCUGGACCGCCGUCUGCCUGUAUAGUCCAGCACUGGGAACACCUUGUUUGAUCAUUGUAACACUAGAUCAAGUGUCCCAUUAAACCUUUUCAGAAAUUUCCAAGUACAUUUGCAUAUUAACAUAUCCAAAAGAAAUUUGGGAUCAUUUUGUAAUAUUUAGAAGGUUGGAAAUUAGGUUAGGUAAAACGUAUAUAAGACUAUAGAAUUAAUAUCCUUAUAAUAUGUUCUUUUAGUUCAGUAAAUAUAUAAUGUUUACUUUUAUGUCCUUUGGUCUAUUUUAACUAAAUAAAGGUAAUUUUUAUAGUCACGGUUAUGACUAUAAAUGAGAUCUUUUGUCCACUAUAUUUUUCAGCAGCUUGUUGCAAGUGUAUAGGUAUCCUACUACUCUCUUUAAUGAAAAUUAAACUGAUUGGUUUUCUACCUUGACAUUAAAGUUAUUUAGAUUUAAACACAAGAACACAUGAUGUAGAAAAUGAAAGUCCUAUAGAAUUAAAAAUCCCUCUGCCAUAAGAUAAUUAUGCAUAGUCCUCACUUUUUCCCCAAGAUAUAUUCUAUCAUUUUAUAAGUGUGAUACAACCCUUCUGCUACCUGCCUUUUCCCUUGGCAGUAGAUCUUGGGCCUCUUCCUAUGUCAGUAAGCAUCAAUCUACCUCACUGUUACCUCUGCAUUAAGAAAGUAAUGUGUGGUUGAUUUAUUUAACUUUUCAAUUGGUUAUUUUGACACUAACCAGUUAUUACAUUCGUUCCAUUCUGAUAGUUUUGUUGUUAGUUCCUUUGGCCUUUUUCAAAUAGGUAAUAGUUCUGGGUAGGGGUGAUAAUUUUAUCUUUGUAUUUUUAAUAAUCUUAUUUUACUUUGUCUCAUCUCACUGACCAGCACUUUUAGAACAAUCCUACAUAAUGAAUAUAUAGCUGAUAUUGUGCAUUCUUUAUAUAUUUUUCACUAGCAAGUGUUUCUCCAAAAGUAUAACUUUGACUUUUAAUGUAAGAUAUUCCUGAUCUUUGAAUUUGUAUAGUAUGCCCUUCUAUUUCUAGUCUGCUAAAAUUUUACCCGUAAUAGAUGUUGGGAUUUUAAUAAAUGACCUUUUUUCUGAUCUGUCGGAUGAUCAAAUGGUUCUCUGUUAUGACUUAAGAUGAAUCAUUUUAAUACAUUUGCUAAUGUUAAGCCCUCUCUCUACAUUUCUAUAAAAAUCUCUCUUAUGAUCAGACUCUGUUAUUCUUUUAAUAUAUACCCUCUUUCAAUGUUAACAGUGGUUAUUUAUGAUUGGUUGAAUGAUCUAUGGUAGAUUUUUAUUUUGUUUCUUACCUGUUUUCUGGUUUUUCUACAAAAAUUAGGUAUUGCUUAUAUAAUAAAAAUGAACUUUACAGUGAGAAAAUAUUCUUCUGGAAUUGGGUUACUUUAUUUUGGAAAUUUCCUAUAAGAUUAAUAG